AUGGAUGAAAAAGUGUUGGAAAUUUUGAGUGACCAGAGUGAUGGGGACGAAUGUAUUCAAGAAGUAGAGGAAUCUGAGGCAAUUGCAAUGGAAAUAUCGGAGGUGCUUUUAGAGAUCAAAGAAAUCUUGGAAAAGGACACCGCCCUACAGCAUGCACCCGUGGAAAACACCUCAUUCUCUGGGAGCAGUUCGACAAGGAAGGCAAGAGCAAAGUUACCCAAACUGGAGCUGCAAACUUUUGACGGAACGCCACAAGAUUGGCCUGAGUUUUGGGAUGCGUUUAGCAGUACAGUGGACGAUGAUGAGGACCUUCCGGACGCGGUGAAGUUUCAAUAUUUGAAGAAGUCAUUGUUGGAGCCAGCGAAGUCGGUAAUUUCGGGAUUCAAAAUGACAGCGUCAAACUACAGAGCCGCGGUGGAGCUGUUACAUCAACGCUUUGCGAAACCGACAGUGAUCAAAAGAGCCCAUAUCAACGAGAUGCUCAAAAUCAACAGCGUGUAUGACGAAAGGCGGGUUGACAGGAUGCGAUCUCUGCACGACAGCGUUGAAACGCACUUUCGCGGGUUGGAAGCUCUGCAUGUCAACGAAGAGACAUAUGCAAGCAUUGUUGUGCCAGUUCUGCUGGAAAAGAUCCCCCAGGCCGUUCGUUUGAACAUGGUGAGAGCAUCCAGCAAAGAUCAUUUGGAGUGGUCUGUGAGAGAUUUUUUGGAAAGUUUGAGCAAGGAAAUUGAAGUUAGGGAAGUACAAGCGCCGAUUUUUGGAACAGGGGGCACGGAACGGAGAGGCUACGCCCCACGGAGAAUGGCGGACAGGAUAAUCGAUGGUACGGCAACGGCAUUGCACACUUGGAGAGCGGACAGCCAGAAACGAUGCGCCUUUUGCCAAGAAAAUCACGAAGAAGAACGUUGUUCUAAAAUUACAAACUUGGACACGCGUAAGAGCAUUAUUAGAAAGUAUGGUCGUUGUUUUGUUUGCAUUAGGAAAGGGCAUAAGGCUGUAGAUUGUAGAUCAAAGAUUAUCGUAGCAUCGUGCACCAAUAGUUUAGGCCCUGGUAGUUCUGCAGCAUUGCAAACCGCCCUAGCUGUUGUUAAUGGGAACGAUAAGGUUAAGGUGCGCGUACUUUUUGAUAGUGGGAGUCAGAAGACCUUUGUAACCCCCACUGUAGUGGAGAGAGCCAAGCUACAAGUUGUGAGGAAGGAGAAUUUAGGGAUUAAAGCCUUUGGAAGUGAGACGGCAAAGAGGAAACUGCGAGAUGUUGUAGAGCUGGAUUUGAGGGCUGUGAGAGGUGGUAAAAGAGUGAAAGUAGAAGCGUAUGUUGUCGAGAAGAUUUCAGAAAUAUCUAAUUGCCAUGUUGAGAUUGUUAAAAGUAAAUAUAAACAUUUAGCGGAUAUCGAGUUUUCUGAUGUUUCUGAUGAGAUUAGUUUACAGGUCGACGUGUAAGUAGGAGCAAAUUUCCUCUGGGAAUUUCAAGGCAAACAGACGAUACGAGGGGAGAAAAACGAGCCAGUCGCAGUCGAGACUACGUUAGGAUGGGUGCUCUCGGGACCGUUGAAUGAAGGUACAAGUAUUUGUUGAAAAACCUGGACCAUUUUUGGAACAGAUGGCGAACCGAGUACUUAGUAAAUUUGCGGGAGCAUCACAAGCUUUCAGGUAAAGGUACGGCCAAAAUUAGAGUUGGAGAUACCGUAGUGGUACACGAGGAAAAUGUGAAAAGAUCGCUUUGGAAACUUGGGAGAAUAGACAAGUUCAUCAUGGGGAGAGAUGGACAUAUCAGAGGGGCAAAGGUAUGCGUAAUUUCACGUAACAAACCAGAUUUUAUUUCUAGGCCUUUGCAAAAAUUGUACCCUAUAGAAUGGAGACAAGGAGAUAUACAUGGCGACAAGGAAAGUGUGAAAAGUUCGGUUCAAGAAAGUGAAAGGUUGAAAAGCGAUAAGGGUGUGGAGCAUGAGAUUGAGAAGGGUGUGGUGAAGGUACGGAGAGCAGCGGCGCAGGAUUCAGAGUGGCGCACACGUCUUAUGCUUGACUCGAGCGAGUCAAGGAGGGGAGAUGUGUUGGGGCCCAGACCUUCCUUGGUAUCCUAAGACCCCACACAGUUAUUGUUAUUACAUUCGGUAGUGUAAUACGUGCCGAGAUACACGGUGGCAUGUAGAGUUUUAAUUAUAAUGUUGAUUUUAUAUUUGAUUUAAAGCAGUAGUAAAUAACAUGUCUUGAAUCUCAAUACCUAAUAAGGACAAACGUAUGGAAAAUAUCAAUCGACAAGUCUCAGUGAACGUGAUUAUCUAAGUUGAAACUCGUAAUAAGUUAGUUAGUUGGUUGGAGUAGAGUUGAAGUAAUGAUGGUGAUCGGCGAAAAUGUGAAACAGAAUAUUGAUGGAUUUGAUACAAAAUAGUUACACAAAAUGGUGAUAUUUCUCUGAGUCUUCAUCUUACACUUCGUUUAUCAUUAAAUAUUAAGAUAGGGGCACCGCUAGAAAUAGUGGUCCCAACACAUACUAUUUGAAUGAUAGCAGUUUCCUUACGUUGUCAGCAAUUCAAAAUAUCUCCAAACACUCCUCCAGCCAUGAAUGUGGGGCCAUGUCGUAGGUAUUUUUGUAGUCAACCCACGCCAUGGCAACGUUUUUCUGCCUUUGCUUCACUUCAUUCAUCAGC